ACCCCGACAAACAACAAAACCAAAACUUCAUUAACCACAACACCUUAUGUUGCAAGAACCUAUUUUUCAGUAAAAAACAUUAAUUAUUGUUGUGUUUCAGCUCACCACAAUUGUUGUUAUUCACGCAAACCUCCAAUAGCUUAUUUAUCUUCUUCAAUUUCGAGCUUCACUUCACUUUCCUUCAUCGCUUCAAUUGGGAAUUUGUUCCGCAGAAAUAGGCUGUGUUUCUUAGGCUUCUUUUCGUUAAAGUUUACAAGUUAGCGGCUUUCAAACAAUCAUAUGGGGAAUUGCGUGGCUAAGAAUCAGGAUAACGAUAAUGAUUCCGAUCAACAUGUGGAGUUUGCUGCUGGGAAUGUAGCACUUAUUACCACCAAAGAAUCCUGGGACCAGAAGUUGGAAGAAGCAAAGAAGGACGGCAAGAUUGUGAUUGCGAAUUUCAGCGCAGUGUGGUGCGGUCCUUGCAAGGUGAUAGCGCCAUAUUACUGCGAGAUGUCUGAGAAAUACACAUCUAUGAUGUUCUUAUUAGUAGAUGUGGAUGAGCUAACUGAUUUCAGCACUUCAUGGGACAUCAAAGCCACACCAACUUUCUUCUUUCUUAAAGAUGGACAACAACUUGACAAACUUGUAGGAGCCAACAAGCCAGAGCUUGAGAAGAAGCUUGUUGCCAUUGCUGAUUCAGUUCCUCAGAACAACAACCAGUGACUUGUUCUUUUCAUGUUUGUAGAUGCUGUGGUCUUUCUUCCCUAUCAUGAGUGCUUCUAAAUGUUUUGCCCUGAGUGUCUAUGUGAUUUUUUACUUGGAUGUAAAUAUGAAACAUUUCAUUCGAAUGACUAUGAUUCAAAGUAAGGUUGAUGUAGUUAGAAAAACAUGUGCAAAUAUAGUAUUUGUUAUGCUUUAUUGUGUAAGUAAAGCAAAAGGGGUGGUUAAUUGGAAUCAACUUGCUUAUGGUUUAA